CGGCCAUGGCAUCGCCAACUGACCCCGAGUUCACUCCCAUCCUCCUCGCCCUUCCCUCACUCACGCCUUCUCUCGCCUUGGAGAUCAUUCCUCGCGGACUCGUCCUCCAUCGCCUCUUUGUCCAAGCGGACGGAAAGACACACGACAUCCUAAUCGGGCCCGAGGACCCUACCGGUCACCUCACCCAAAAGUACACCAACACCAUCAUCGGCCGUUAUGCGAACCGUCUCCCAGUCGGCUCCUUCUCCGUCAGCCGGAACAACAUUCAAUCUACUGUCUCGCCCCAGGCAAACGAGAAGCCCACGGUCUCGUUGCAUGGUGGUGUGAAGGGAUUUGACCAGUAUCUCUGGGAGCCGCUUGUCGACCCUUCCGCCUCGGAGCUCUUCACUCCUGCCGAACUCGCCACCAUUCAGACUCGCAUCCCCUCGUCCAUCAUCUUCAAGCGAAUAUCCGAGGACGGUGAGGAGGGCUUUCCUGGUAGGCUGCUUAUCGAAGUCCUCAUUGGGCUCGCACAACCGGAGGGUGCACCCAGACAGACCCCAGAGGGGAAGGAGUGGAACCUCGGUAGCGUUGUUAUCACCUACCGCGCGAAACUGCUCGAUGAGAACAAGGUGACGCCGAUUAACCUCACCCAGCACUGGGGCUUCAACCUUGACGCGUCGCUUCAAGAAGGCCCAGAGACCUUGAGCGUGAAGGAUCACAAGAUCUCCAUCAAGGCUGAUCACACCAUCGAGCUGAAUGCGGAAGCGCUCUCAACUGGCACUCUUCUUCCCGUCACGGGCACUCACCAUGCACAUGCCGAGAAGACCAGCGGUCGCAUUGCUGAGUCGUUCCCAGAGAGUGGAUACGACGAGUUUUACGUCUUCUCCCCUCGCGCUGUACCCCCUCCUCCGACCACACUCCCUGCAUCCGAGCUCAAGCCCGAGCUCGACCUUGUCGGCGCUGCGCUCUCGCGCGACAGCCCUGCGUCGGAGGAAGUCGUCUCCCUCACCAGCGGCAAGAGCGGUCUCCGCCUCGGAUUCGCGACGAACCAGGUGGGCGUGCAGUUCUACACUAACAAUUUCGCUACGCCCGAGAAGGGUGCGCGAAAGAAGAUCCACGGCGGCUCCGGCGCGGUCGGCGAUGGCUACGGUCCUGGAACGGCGGCGUUCCUGGAGUUCCAUGCGCCACUCGCGGCGUGGCUGCAUCCGCCCGAGUCGCGCGGCCCGACGGGCGACGACACACUCCUUGCGUCCGGGGAGGUCUACAAUAACUUUGUGCGCUUGGACGUGUGGUACAAGGGCUCUAGCUCUAACUAAUCGUGCUUGACGUUGUUCGACUGGAUGGGACGGAUAUAUCGAAGGGCGGACGGUGCCUGCUGGAUUUAGGUUCUGUGUUUGUUUGAUGCGAAGGUCAGAUGUGAAACGAAGAAGAGUAAUGUUGUAUUCAUACAUAUAUCUGAGACACACUUGUACACGAUACACGAUUUUCGACUGGCGUUGCAUGGUGAUGACUGAUAACCCGGAUACUCGGUAUCUGACGUCCCGUGAAUCGCACACUUUC